UUGAUUGACAGCUUUUUUGCAAUGGAGGACUCUGUGAUCCAACAACACCUAGCACACUAUAAACAGGCCACAGAGACGGCCCGUGAGGAACUCGCCGCCCUGCAAGCCAAAUAUCAGAGUCUGCAAUCACAGUUUUCAGACGCCCAAUCAAAGGUUGCAUAUCAGGAGGAGACUAUAAAGAAUUUAAGGGAUGCUAUUGAGAGACAUAAAGAGAAGGAGGCGAGACAGGAGUCUCUCCUGAGCUCUCUCAGAGAACGCAGCUACAACACAGAGCAAGAGAUGGUGUCCAUCACCUCCUCCAAAAGCAUCAUGGACAUGAGAAUACAGACUCUGACAAAGGAGAAUGAGGAGAUGAAGGCGAGAGUGAUGGAACUUGACAUGAAGUCAAAACAGCUUUUAAGUGAAUGUAACAAGGCAAAACAGGAAUUCACUGAGAUCCAGAGGAGAUCUGAUGACUUUAUAUCAACAUUGGCAAGCAAAGUCUCUGUAAAUUUAGCAGGAAAGACAGAUCCUAUGGACUGCAUUGUGUCCAUGGUGGAUUCAUGCUGUAAGGACAGAGAACGACUGAAGAAAUGCAUUUGUGUUCUAGAAGAACGUGUGAAAUCCUAUGAAGUGGAGUGUAAAGCCAGUAGAGAAACAGUAAAGCGAUUGGCAACUGAUGUUGACCAUCAGCAAACAAUCUCAAUCUCUCGAUCAAAUGAGCUGAACUCAAUCAGAAAGGACUUGGACAUUAUCUCCCUGAAGAAACUCAGUUUGGAGAGGGAGAACCAGGCCCUUCAAACCUCCCUGCAGGAGACUGAACUGUCCCUCACAUCAGCACAGCAGCGGUGCAGUCACUAUGAGAAUCUCUGUCAGGACCUUGACAAUAAACUCCGCACAUUCCAGAAUGAAGCUCAGGUGUCUCACAGUCACCAUGACUCCUUCAUGAAAGAGGUGGAAGCUCUGUUUGAUGAUCUACCUUCUCAACCCACAGAGGAGCACAUACUGAAGGCACUCGCUGCCAUUUGUAGCCGUGAAAAAAGUGUAAGAGAGUCACAGUUAGAGAUGGAAGGCAGGCUGGUAGAGCUGACAGAGAUGUUGUCCAGACACAAAGAGCAUCAGAGCUGCUCAGAACAGAGAGAACAGAAACUCCUGGAGAGAAUACAGAGUCUGGAGAAUGAACUGCUCACCGCAGGAGUCUGCAAAGAUGGAAUGAGUCAGGACAAACAGCAAUAUAUGCAGUUUCUAGAGCAGCUCUCGGAGAAAUUAAAAGUGGACCACGUUGCUGCAGAUCUGGGCUUUGAUAUGAGACUUGAGGCCAUUCUUACAAGAGCACAGCAGCUGACACGGCAAGAAGGAACUGCUUUACUGGAGACAAAGACUCAAGUUCACAGCCUUCAGAGAAAGCUUAAAGAUCAUAAGGAGCGCUCAGAAAGUAAAGAGCUCCACCUGGAGCUACUGAGGAGAAAGGUUGUCCAGCUGGAAGAGGAGAAGAGGAGCCGGUCAGCUCUGGCGAUGGAGAAGGAUGAUGCUUCUCUGGCCUGUAAGAAGCUCCAGAAACGCGUUGAUCGACUGCAGGCCGAGCUCAGCACCUUACGCUUCUCCAACACCGAGCUGAAGGCCCAGCUGUCCCACACCAAUGAGCUAAAGAUCAAAGUGAUGGAACAAAACCAAACCAUAGAGGAGCAGUGUAAGAAUCUGGGCAAAUUUGAGAAGAACAAGGCAAAGACUGAGAAGAAACUGACCACAAUGAAGUCAGAGCUGCAGAACCAGGAACUCAAGGCCAGAGAUGAGAUCAAUCAAGCACAGAAAGUCCUGCAAACACAGUCAAGUGCCAUCGCAGAGCUCGCCCACACUGAGAAACAGUUGCUGGACUUCCACACUGUGGUGUCUCAGAUGUUGGGGGGUGAUGGCACAUCCUGCGUUCCAAACUAUGAAGUUCUCAGAAGGCUGGAGGUUCUGAUCCAUUCACACCACUGUCACUGUACUGCUUCUCCACACCAACAUCACAAACCUCAAAUCUGGGGAGCGCCAGUUUCCUUUCUAAAUGCUGCACAUCCUCACGAGUUCAAACCUGAGGCUCUGCCACAAACUUCCACUGCAAACUCUGAGAUCCAGGAAGCCCACUGUGCCAAUAAUGAUCUGAGAUGCUAGUAUCUUGGGU